GUCCUGUCACAAACACAUGUAGAGCGGCUGAGUGCGAGAGAGCAGAUCAUACUGAAACUAAACAAGAUCGUGGAGCAAUUGAUUUUUUUUUUCUCUAAACGAGCUUCACGAGGAAAUAAAAAAACAAGAAUUACUUCGGUAUUUGGAACGAAAGUAUUGCGUAUUGAUAACGCAUUUGUCAAGGACUUCCCUUGUUUGCUGAUGAAAUAUAAAACGAACGGGGCCAGUGGAAAUACAAUCUGAAAACUCCAUUAGCCUGGCUGAACAUUGCUAUUGCCCCAGUGUGAGAAAUACACGAGAGGACUUCAACUCCGCGGUGCUUAUAGCGCUGGGACCUCUGGAGAUUGACAUUUGGCUGUAAAACCAAUACAGCCUCUGCUGGUACUCUGCUGUUGUGCCAAGAUAAUUAGUUCUAUUGUGUAAUCUUUUAAACAUUACGUUACAUUUUCAACGCGGUCCUCACAUCUUUCAACCAUUACGUUUCAACGAGGCAAAACAGAGACCAUGGUGAACCCAGGCAGCAGUUCCCAGCCUCCCCCGGUGGGUGCGGGUUCCCUCUCUUGGAAAAGGUGCGCAGGCUGCGGGGGCAAGAUCGCAGACCGCUUUCUCCUCUACGCCAUGGACAGCUACUGGCACAGCCGCUGUCUCAAAUGCUCCUGCUGCCAGGCACAGCUGGGAGAGAUUGGCACAUCCUGCUACACCAAAAGCGGCAUGAUCCUUUGUAGAAACGACUACAUCAGAUUAUUUGGAAACAGUGGAGCCUGCAGUGCGUGUGGACAGUCUAUUCCAGCAAGCGAGUUGGUUAUGAGGGCGCAAGGCAAUGUCUAUCAUCUCAAGGUAAACUGUUUCACAUGUUCUACCUGCCAGAAUCGUCUGGUCCCGGGAGACAGGUUCCACUACAUCAAUGGCAGUUUGUUCUGCGAACACGACAGACCCACAGCUGUCAUUAACAGCCACUUGAAUUCGCUUCAGACUAACCCUCUACUGCCAGACCAAAAGGUCUGUUAAAAGGAAUGGAGCCAUGCCAGCAAGCAGCAGGAUGCGUGUCUUCAUCUCAGACCUGGCCCGUCGUCGCCGGUGGGCCCUCACUCUGGUUCUGCAGCGAGUCACCUUUCCAGCCGGUGUCUAGGCCACCUCCAGCACCCCAUGCCAUUGUAUUUCCCUUUUUUUACUCUUGACUGCCCUUCUCUCGAGUCUGUUCCUGCGUUCACAUGACUGAGGAGGAACAUUAAGGACUCCGUGAACCUGGACUAAUGGGAGACUGUGUACAGAAAUUGAGAAUUAAAAAAAAAUUAAAAAUUUAAAAAAAAAUUAAAAUAAUAAAUGAAGCUAAUUAAGAGCAGCUUUUCCAAUCUGCAUCGUUCCUCCGUUAACAAUUAGCAGGGUGAUGACCGCAGUUUAUACCCUGUACUCUACCUUCUUUACAACCUUCUGUUUGCUCUUUGUACAUCUUAAGUGUUGUAAAGGAUAUGUGUUUCAUUUUGAAAAAAAAUAAUAGACUAUGCUUUUGUGGAAAUCUAUCAUAAACACUUCUGGUGUAACUCUGUAAAAUGCCAUGUAUGUAUGCAUGUAAGUGUUCUUUUUGUCCCAAUGUUGCUACCACCUCUCCCCCCCCCAAACCCCAACCCAUAAACACCUCCACAGCACAAAUCUGAAGCUCAUAGCAGAUAAAAUGUAGAGAUUUUCACCAACCUAUAAAUGCUGAAUGAAAAAUAAAUCUAUUUGUGAUAUUUUCAGA